GCAUAGGGCAGCACAGAUGAUAUCCAGAGCUACACGCUACUGUCUGCUCUCAGUAACUUGCAAGAUUCUCCUGCAGCCCAAGAAAGUUCCUUCAGCAAGAUUUCAGGGCAGCUGCAGGAAUUUUACAAAGCAGCGAUCCCUGAGACUGACAGGACGGGAGGUUGCUCUUCUUCUGCACUAGGAUUGUGCCAGGCUCAGCCAAAAAGAAAGAGCUGAGCAAGCAAGAAGAGCCAGGGGAGAAGCGCAUUGGCACCGAUUCCUUCAGAGCUGAAGGUAAAAGUUCUCUGCACUGGAGGACUCCUUGGGUGUGCAGCUGAGGCACACUCAGGGUGCAGAACUGGAGUAAAGCGACCGGAGAAGUAUGGCAGCAGAGCUGACCAUUGCAGCAGAAUUACCAACCAGUCCACUUGCCAUGGAGUACGUGAAUGACUUUGAUUUGAUGAAGUUUGAUGUCAAGAAAGAACCACUGAACAACCGUGCAGAUCGAACAAUCCGUCAGUGCAAUCGUUUGCAGCCUACAGGCUCUGUGUCUUCCACCCCUAUGAGCACUCCUUGCAGUUCAGUGCCCUCCUCUCCAAGCUUCAGUCCAACAGAGCAGAAGACACACCUGGAGGAGCUCUACUGGAUGCCCAACAGUUACCAGCAGGUCAACCCAGAGGCUCUGAACCUCACCCCAGAAGACGCUGUAGAAGCUCUCAUAGGACCCCCUCAAAUACCUCCUCAGCUGCAAGGGUUUGAGAGCUUCAGAGGUCAUCACCACCCCCACCAUCAUCACAACCACCACCACCAAAAUCACCACCAGUACCAAGGCGUCCCCCACGAGGAACUGGCACAUCCCCACCAGCACCCACACCAUCAUCACCACCACCACCACCAUCUCCAAGCUUCUCCUACCCCAUCCAACUCUUCCACCUCUUCCCAGCAGCUCCAAAACAGCCACCCUCAGCACCAGUCAUCUAGCCAGAUAGAAGACAGAUUCUCUGAUGAUCAGUUGGUCUCCAUGUCUGUCCGGGAGCUCAACAGGCAUCUGAGGGGCUUUACUAAGGAUGAUGUUAUUCGCCUAAAACAGAAGAGGAGAACCCUGAAAAACCGGGGGUACGCCCAGUCCUGCAGGUAUAAAAGGGUCCAACAGAAACACCACCUGGAGAGUGAAAAGACCCAGCUCAUCCAGCAAGUGGAGCAGCUGAAACAAGAGGUCAACCGUCUGGUCAGAGAAAGAGAUGCCUACAAGAUGAAGUGCGAGAAACUGACCAACACAAGCUUCAGGGAAGCCGGGUCUACAAGCGACAACCCAUCUUCACCAGAGUUUUUUAUGUGAGUGCCAUCUCAACCCAGAACUGUGUAGAGGGAGGAGAAGGGGGGCUUCAUUAACUCUCCAACUGAAUACCAACUUUUUGUAGACUUAGUCUGGUGGGGGGUUGGGGGGGAUCAAGGGUGCACAAGAGAACUUGAGACUGUUCUGAUGGAUGUUUUGUUGGGGGGCACCAGCUUGAUUGGGUGGGGUAUGGGGAAAGGUGGGAAAUGACUUAUCUGAAAUGCCACAGGACUGUGUUGGACAAUAGCACUGCCACUUGGGAACAAGGACAAAAGUACUCACAAACUUUACCUACAGAUAUUUUUCUUCAGCUUUGAGUGAUAGAACCUUAAAACAACUGAAUCUGAUCAGGUGGGACAUUCAGUGCACCCCUAACCCCCAUGGUUUUAUUGCCUGCUUGAUUAUCUAGAAAAUAUAAA